GAAUGAUUGGAAUUUCAAGAUUGGGGGCAUCUUAGUAAUUGAUGUACUUCUACUGGGGGGAGCCCAAUUUUAGUAUUCAAGCAAGUGGCUAAGUUUGUAUUGUUGUUGAAGAAGAACAAGAGGAGACAAAUGAACGGAUUAGGUGUAAUGGAGUUUGGUUCAGGGUCGUACCCCACCCCCUCUCAAGGCAUCACCCUCAUACAAUCACCAGUUCAAUCGUCUGGAGGAUUAACUCUUCAAGUACAAGCUCCUCACAACCAGCCGCAGGGGCUAACGCUUAUACCCGCCCCCUCGCAGGUAUCCAACCAGGUGGGGGGUCUGUCCCUCGUACAGACGCCCACGCAACAGUCCCCCCUAGACCCCCAGCAGGUAAUAUCUCAAGACUUUUCCUUCAACACCAUCCAGGAGCAGCAACCAGACCAUCACUCGGGAGCGAAUAGCGGCAACAUCCCCUGCUGUGCUGGUUGUCAUCACCCAAUAGUCGACAGAUUCAUCCUUAAAGUUCUUGACAAGCCGUGGCACUCUAAAUGUCUUCGCUGUGUGGACUGCGACAUGCUGCUCACAGACAAAUGCUACUCCCGUGAUGGCGAGGUCUUCUGUAAGGCAGACUUCUCAAGACGAUUUGGCACCCGGUGUGCAGGUUGUAAUCAGCCCAUCCCUCCCACUCAAGUUGUGCGAAGAGCCCAAGAGAACGUAUAUCACCUCCAGUGCUUUGCCUGCUUCAUCUGCUCACGGCAGCUCUCCACUGGCGAUGAGUUCUACCUCAUGGACGACAAAAAGCUCGUGUGUAAAGCCGACUAUGAAGCUGCAAGAGCAAAAGAUGGCAACCAGAAGAGGCCUCGUACGACUAUCACUUCCAAGCAGCUGGACACCCUCAAGGCUGCCUAUUCUGUGAGCCCAAAGCCAUCCCGCGCUGUACGGGAACAACUGGCCAAUGAGACGGGACUGGAGGUCCGUGUGGUUCAAGUGUGGUUCCAGAACAGACGAGCCAAAGACAAGCGAGGGGGUAAAGGGGACGAAGCGGGUAGCCCCACGCUGAGCAGCAGUCCCACAGCAGAUGGUGCCCCCUCAUUAGGUGUUGUCUACUGUGGAGGAGAUGGCUCCUUUUCACAAACCACAAGUGCAUGAUGUCUCCCUGACUGUAGGACGAUAACUUAUUAUUCUCUAGAGCUAUACCUCAAACACAAACACGUAUACAGAACAAAAUCAAGACCCCUUGAAAUUUAGACGUAACGAUUACAUGUACUGUUCUGCUGGCCAUCUUUUUCCCCAUCCAUCCAUUUUUUUCUCUCUUCCUUCUAUGUACUUCAUUUCUAGUUUUGAUUUGUGUACAGGACUUUGUGUAGCUUACUUUUUUUCUUCGUUGUGUAUAUACGAAACUAUGACCACCAUCAUAAUCACGUCAUGUGAUAAUGUUAUCCCCUCCUG